AUGGACUUGGAUGUUGAGAAAAAAGCCGUUUCGGCCGUGGAGCCCGCUGAAAGUGUCCCCUCCAGUCACGAUGAUUUCACUGUCGGGGAGAUCAGCGAGCACAAUCCACUGAAGCGAAACUUGAAAAAUCGCCACAUGCAGAUGAUCGCGGUUGGUGGAGCCAUUGGAGCUGGUCUCUUUGUUGGCACAGGGUCUGCUCUCCGAGACGGCGGACCCGGCUCUUUGUUGAUCUGCUAUCUAAUCGUCGGAUUCAUGUUGCUUUUGACCGUCCAGGCAUUGGGCGAGAUGGCAGUUCUCUAUCCUGUCAACGGCGCGUUCUUCACCUAUUGUGUGCGAUUCAUCAGUCCAGCAUGGGGCUUUGCUGUCGGUUGGGACUAUGCUAUCUCCUGGCUUAUAAUGCUUCCAUUCGAGCUUACGGCUGCAAGUAUGACGAUCAAAUACUGGAGAGAUGACUUGGAUGCUGGUAUAUGGAUCGCCGUGUUUCUGGUUGUCUUGGUCGCAAUUCAAUUCUUCGGCGUUAAAGGAUACGGAGAAGUUGAAUUCGUUCUUGGUUUGAUCAAAGUCGCAGCCGUCAUUGGUUUCAUCAUACUUGCAGUCGUGAUUGACGUGGGUGGUGCUCCUCACGGUGGAUACAUCGGCGCGAAAUACUGGCACAACCCGGGCGCGUUUACCGAUUUCAAGGGAUUCUGCUCCGUCUUUGUGACCGUCGCAUUCGCCUUUGGUGGCACAGAGAUGGCUGGUCUUGCCGCAGCAGAGGCUGCAAAUCCGGCAAAAUCGAUCCCCAAAGCAACAAAACAAGUUUUCUGGCGCAUCAUGAUCUUUUAUGUCCUGGGAACCUUCAUGGUGGGAUUGAUUGUUCCAUACAACGCAGAGUGGCUUCUCGGAGCUUCUGGUGCUAACACAAAGGCAUCCCCCUUCGUUGUUUCUAUCAAAAAUGCCGGAAUCUCCGGGCUCCCUUCUGUCAUGAACGCCAUCAUCACAAUUUCCGUCAUCAGCGUUGCAAAUUCUGCGACUUAUGGAUCUAGUCGCACCAUUCAGGCACUAGCCGCGAGAGGAAUGGCUCCAAAGUUCAUGGCCUACAUUGACAAGCAAGGUCGACCCCUUUACUGUAUAUUCAUGCAAAUUGCCUUUGGCUUCUUGGCCUUCAUCAAUGAAGCACCAUCUGGAAGCACUAUAUUUGACUGGCUCCUGGCCUUGUCGGGUAUCGGUGACUUCUUCGUCUGGGGCAGUAUAUGUCUGGCCCACAUUCGAUUUAGGUCUGCCUGGGCACACAAUGGGCACACCGUCAAGGAGCUCGCAUUUGCCGCUCCAUUGGGUGUCAUUGGCAGCUACAUUGGUCUCGGACUUAACGUUUUGUGUCUUAUUGCUGAGUUUUACGUUGCGGUAGCACCGAAAGAUGUAGAGAACUUUUUCCAGAGCUAUCUAGCCGCACCGGUGAUUAUAGCACUGUUUCUGGGCUGGCUGGUGUAUACCAAGUGGAGCAAAGAUCCCAAUCUUGAUCGUGGGGGUUGGUUUGUUCCAAUUGAGAAGAUGGACGUCUUGAUGCACAUCCGAGACGGUGCUUUGGAUAUCGAUCUUCCAGCAAAGGUCGAAUAUCCCACGUGGGGAUCUUGGUUCAAGGCUGCCCCGAUCCGGAUAUUGCGGUCUAUCUUUUGA